AUGGCUCCAGUAAAUGGCAACGAACCAACAAGUCAGACGAAAUCUGACAGCAACGGAAAAGCUGCUCAAGAAGCUCUAAAUUCGGUGACUAGCAAAGAUGAUACGCAGGUGGUGCGCGGAAGACCCAGGCGAAUAGCAUCGAAAAGGGCUUCACAGUUGUUUGCCAACAUGAUAGACCCCAGUGUAGCGCAGGUGGAUGAUGAUGAGGAGUUCAGACCGGAACCAGAAGACACAAGGGGCGACGCAGACGCAGAGGCAGAAAAGGAUGAGGAAAACGACGUCGAAUUGAUUGCAGAAGAAGUUUCAGAAAUAGCCAAUUUGAACGAGACUCUCAGUCCAGCUGACAGAGUGUCUUCGUUGCGACGGAAACAGGAACCGCAUCAAAUAACUCUGGAUGCAAAGAAGCCGAAGAAAACACCUGGGAAACGUGGCCGGAAACCCAAAAAAAGCGUCAAACUCGAAGAAGAUAUCAAGGCUUUGACUCCAACAUCUCAGUUGGACAGUAAGCGCAAGCUCGUGCGUGGGUUGAAAGAUUUAACUGCGGCUCGUGAUAAAAUUGAGCGUAUUUAUGGGUUAGACGAGAAGAAACUUCUGGGACUAGCCAAAGUGAAAGAAGGCUUUGAAGGCGGACCGUUCGACUUUUCAAUCGAAAAUGUUCAACCAGAAUCCAAAUAUUAUAUCGACUUUGCUCCACCUUGGAAAAAAAACAAUCCUGCUGGCUCUUUGCGACUCCAAAAGCUACAGAUGCGUCCGCUGGACCGAGAAGACGCUGACAAGUUUUUCCCCAAGCGCAAUGAACAGCUCAAUGUUGUUCUACAGGAUACUGAGGUUGAAAUGAAGACCGAGGAUAAAGUAAAUUUCCCACUAUUUUCAAACGGGCCAAGGCCAGGUUUUUUGUAUAACACCGGAUGCCUGGUCACCGAUAUGGCAUGGCAUCGGAAGGAUAACGAUACUUUCUUGGCAUUGUCACUUUCUAAGUUCUGGGAAGAUGCUUCAGAUCCCCACUUAGGGUUUUUUUCGCCAGAGAUCCACGAGUCCUCCAUUGAAAUAUUCAAAGUGGAUCCUGCCUCAUUUUCGUUUACAAAAGUUCACACGAUUUUACACCGAUUUGGCGAUUCUUGGAAUCUAAAGUGGCACAGUGGUUACAACAAGCCAGGCGUUCUAGGAUUGUUAGGUGCGGUUUGUCAAGACGGCUCUGUCAAAUUUUGGGAUAUCAAAAUUUCUGAAGAUGCUCAAAUUUUGAUGUACGAAAACGCCUCAAUCACUAUAUCAAUACCAGAGGCACGCAUAAGCUGCUAUGACUAUUUGUCAGACUCUACAAUAGUUUGCGGAUUUCAUAACGGGUACAUGUCAGAGUUCGAACUAAACUCUCCAUCGAGGCCAUCGUUCUAUUACAAAAUGCAUGACUCUUAUGUGUUAUCUAUUGCGACAGGCUAUUCAGAGUACGAGGACACUUGCAUUUGCACACUUUCCGUCGAUGGUUACGUUUAUGCUUACAACAGAAAGGACGUGCGUGGGUCGAAAUGCACUGUAUCCAGAGCUAGAGGUGGCAACAAUACUCCCUUGGUCUAUUCACCGCUUGUGUACUGCAUGACGCUAUCUGAUGGAGUGAACUCUGUGAAAUCUUUUCCGCCCAGAGCCAUAUUUGCAACCCAUCAGAUAUGUCAACACGAUAACACCGUGAGUUCACUUGCUUCUUCUCAUGUGCAUCCUUUUCUUCUCUCAGGAUCUGCAAACGGAAGCCUUGUGAUAGACAAUUUAGUGAGGAGACUAUUGACAGGAAUCAAAAACAACAACACUGUUCAUAAAAGCGCGAGAUUAUGGCAAUGGAAUUUCAGUGUCAAAGAUGAGAAAUUCAGAUUAAACCCCAAUUACGAAGUUCAAAGAUUUAGUGUGAACGAGGUUUCAAAGGUUAAUAUUGAUCCACAGGGGAUCAACAUAAACUGUGUUAAAUGGUGUGAGCACUUUGAAACAGGAAAGUUGUACAGUUUUGUGAACAAUGCGGGCCUAUUGGUUGUAACAGAACUUGGAUGA